AUGGUCAAUGACAAGGCUUCCUGCUAUCUAUACCCCGAGUCUCUCAGACACAACGGGGAAGCAGUGGACGAUGCAUCAUCCAUCCACCAGGCCUUUCAAACAUGUGGCCAAAACGGCGAUGUCAUCUUCACAGAUGGAGUAUUCAACAUCAACUCCGUGCUGAACACGACGAAUCUAGCGAACUGCGACGUCACGCUGCAAGGCGAGCUCCGCUUCUCAACAGACAUUGACUACUGGCUUUCUCACUCCUACGAUGUCGUAUUCCAAAACCAGUCAACAGCCUGGCUCUUCGGCGGCGAGAACGUCACCUUCCGCGCCGACGGCGGCUGGUACAACGGCCAAGGUCAGGCUUGGUACACAGAGAACCAGAACCACAGCAACCAACCCGGUCGACCGAUUAGUAUCACAUUCUUCGAGUCGAGGAAUCUACUAGUGGAUGGUCUACGCAUCGUCCAGCCACAGUUCUGGGCUACGUUCGUGACGUAUAGUUACAACGUCUCGAUCACGAAUUUCUAUGUCAACGCCACGAGUAACGAUCAAUGGGGCACGGUCAACACCGACGGCUACGACUCAUGGAACAGCGACACGCUCCUGGUUGAGAACGCCGUGAUUCAGAACGGCGAUGACUGCAUCGCUGCCAAGGGCAAUACGACAAAUCUCCAUGUCAGGAACAUUACCUGCUACGAUAACUUCGGCAUGACCAUCGGGUCUGUGGGCCAGUAUCCCGAUAAGCCGGACUAUGUCGAGAACGUCACGUUCGAAGAUGUGAAGUGCUACAACUGCAUGGAAGGCGCGUUCAUUAAAACAUGGCAAGGCGUACCGGCCGACGACAACAACCUCAACGGGGAUGCUGGCGGCGGAGGCAGCGGUCUGAUUAAGAAUGUUACGUGGCGGAAUUUUGAAAUGACAAAUGUCGCGCUGCCGAUCCAGAUCUCACAGUGUAUCUAUACCGAGGCGGAUGGCAAGUAUUGCAAUACGUCCAAGAUGGCCAUUGAGGAUAUUACGUGGUCGAAUAUCAAGGCGACGACGCGGUAUAAUGUUGGUGCAUCGAUCUAUUGUUCGGAUGUCCAUCCUUGCCCGCGGAUCAAGUUUGAGAAUGUUCAGUUGGAGUCUGUGAAUAGUACGCUUGGUUUGCCGAUGUAUGGCACUACCUUGCAGGACGAGGUUUACCAGUGUACGAAUAUUGUCGGUCAGGAAGAUUCGGGUAUUCCUUGCAAUCGGGCUGCGCCGAAUGACUAUAGUCAGGUUGUGACGAGGAAUAUCCAGGAAACUGACAAAUGA